UCGCCGCUGGUUGCAAUUAGAAAAAUUUAAUGUAAAUUCAUUAAAUUUCUCCACAAAUCAAAAUUGAAGUAUUAUUUUUCUGUCUCGAAUUAUGUGUUUUUAUUUAUUACGAACAAAUGUUGAAACGUACAAACCAUUAAUAAAGCAUUUAAAAUAUUAGAAAUUGAAAAACAUCAUUCCACUUUAAUUGUUUAUAAAUUAUUAUUUCUCUCGUCUGUUUAUCAAUUUGGUUAAUUUAUUAAAACCUUUAACACUAUAAAUGACAAUUAUUUACCGAUGCCAAAUUGAUAUAUAUUGUCUGUUAAUUAAUGGCAAUUAUUACAUUGUAACUUUUUUAUAUUGAGUGAUCGUCGUUUUUAAUAUUCUUACAUCAAUAAUCUCUAGCUAAACAAUCUAUUGUUUGUUUUACUAAUUGAUACCUACUCAGUGCACUUUAAAAGUCAAUAACCCAAACACAAAAUAAUGACGACCUCGAAACCCUUAAACAAGCCCGAUGACACAACAUCUUGGUGCUACAUGAAUGACUUUCAAAACAUGGUUGAAAAAGGCAAAGAGCCUGACAUGACUAAAGUCUAUAACCCAAAGGUUGCUCAAGAGUUUGAGAAAUACUUGAACCCCACAACAUUGAAGCGUCAUGUUGUGCGCAGUGAAAAGAUGCAAAAAAUAAUAGAUAUUUACGCAAAGGCUGAGAAAAGAACGCACGCGGAUGUCGAACGACAAGUUAGAGAUAUUCUCGAUGAAAUAGGCUUAGAACGUAGCGUUGUGAUUCUUCGAUGGUGUGGAAUUGCCAUUACGGCAAUUGCAAAGAGAAUUACAUCGGGAAUAUUUGUGAAUUCGAAAAAUCUUAAUCGAGUUAGAGAUGGACUCGGAAAGAAUCCAGUAUUAUAUCUGCCUAGCCACCGAAGUUAUUUAGAUUUUAUCUUGAUGUCUUAUAUAUGUUUUCAUUAUAAUAUUGAAAUACCAGGAAUUGCAGCUGGAAUGGAUUUCCAUGCAAUGUUUGGAAUGGGAAAAAUGCUUCGCAAAACAGGUGCAUUUUUCAUGCGUCGCUCAUUUUCCGGCGACGAAUUGUAUUGGGAUGUUUUUCGUGAGUACAUGUAUGCCCUUGUUGCAUCGUAUCACAUCGGCGCUGAAUUCUUCAUUGAAGGCACACGAAGUAGAAAUUUCAAAGCACUCGUUCCUAAAGUUGGUCUCCUUUCGAUGGCCUUAAUGCCAUUUUUUACUGGCGAAGUUUCUGAUAUAACAAUAAUACCCGUGAGUGUAUCUUAUGAACGGGUUUUAGAGGAACAAUUAUUCGUUUAUGAACUGUUGGGUGUACCUAAACCAAAAGAAAGUACUAAAGGAUUCUUCAAAGCCUUAAAAAUUCUCGAUGAGCGUUUCGGUCGCAUGUACAUGGAUGUUGGUGAUCCAAUAUCAGUUAAAGAAUUCUUUGGUCCGGCAACAGAUCGAAUUCGAAGAGCAAGUAUAGCAAGUCAUUUGCAAAAGCUCAAUAAGGACGAGGUAUUGAUGAUAAAAAAAUUAGCUAAUGAGGUUGUCUACCAACAGCAAAAAAGAAUAGUGAUUACAACAUUCAAUAUGAUUGCUGUUUUAUAUACAUACAGUUUGAAUUGCCAACGACCGUUAAAUAUAGAUGAACUUUCUAAUGAGGUGCUUUUGCUGAAAACUCUAUUUGAGAAAUUGGGAGCUCAUGUAGCUACGAACAGCAAUAGCAUCAAGCCCGAAAUAAUAAAGACUGUUGAAAUCCACUCUAAUGUGGUGACAUUUGAAAAGGCCAAUUUAAAAUUUACCCCAUCGACUGGCGUGGAUAUGAGAACUAUUGAAGUGAAAAAGCUCAAAGGUCAUAUGUUAACGCAAAAUACCAUGACAAUAGCAGUUCCUGCUCUACACAUUCAACUCUAUAUUAAUCCUUGUAUGUUUUGGUUGGCUAAGCCGUCAUUCGUCGUUUUAGCGGCAAUGAAAUUGAACGCAAAAGGAUAUCGAAAUAUUUUGCCAGCGGAUCAACUCGAAGAAAAUUUGAAUGAAUUAUGUAAAAUAUUCAAUCAAGAGUUUAUACUCGAUUCAACUAUAAACGAAAACAGUAUUUCACACAUUCUAGACGUUUUAAGGAGUUUCGGUAUAUUUAAUGGUAUGGAAUUUCUAGCAAAUGAUGUGUCAAAGUUGCUUCUUAGUACAAUUGCACCAUUUCUUUGUGUAUACUACCAACUGGCUUUAGCAAUUACAGAGCUUCCUCUUGAAGAGUUCACAGCCAAAGAUGUCAUUUUACAAACUCAAAAACGUGUCGAAGUACUUCUUACUGCAAAAAGUCAUCAGUACGUUCAUCCCUAUUGUUUAGCAUUGGACAAUUUAAAUAUAGCCAUUCAGUCAUUCGUUCAAGGAGGCUGCCUUAAAAAAACAAAAGACGCUACAACUUUUCGCACAAUUCCAGAAAAUCUACAGCAUUUAAAAUCACUUUUGCUUAACUAUUGUGAGCUAUUGCCAUUCACAAAACUCUACCAAGAUACUUUAGAAAGAUUGCCAUCGAAAUUGUAGUAUAGUAGGAAAAAAGUGAUUGCGCGCAUUCCUGUUUACGUCUGGAUUAUGUUCGGUUUGUGUUCAUUCAUAGUUUCUAACAGGAUUAGACAACUAGUGUUUCAGUUACCUUCUAAGUUAACAUACUAUUGGUUAAUGAAGCUUCUUUAAGAAUAGAAAAUACGUAAAUUGAAUAAGACUUUCGCUUGUAUUUUUAUUUUUUUAUUUAUAGUCAAAGCCAUUGAAUGAUACAUGUUUCGAUCUACUUGGAUUAAAUAUGUUUAUUUAUCAAUCGGUAUAAUAUGUAAUAAUUUUAAAUGAUAAAGGAACUAAUU